AUGGCAGGAUCAUCGGUGCCUUCUGGCACUUACCCCGUACAAUUCUCACCCUCUAUCAACGCUCAAAUGGGGGUACAAUCAAAGAAGAGGCGAAGGGAUGAGAAUGAAUUGAUAGCUUUCAAGUACGCUUUCAAGCCUGCUUCCAUCACUCAGAACACCCCGGGACAGUAUCACGUCCCUUCGGGGAUAGGCGGCAAUGGUCAAGUGGUAUUUGAUACCUAUACCGGGAUCCAACAAGUGUUUGAUGUGAGGGAGGAACACAGUAAAGCUAGGGAAUGUGUGCUGGUAUGGGAUGACGAAGCGAAGUCAUUCACCCUUCACGCCUUACCAUCCACUCUUCACUUGACCCUCAAUAGAUCAACGUCCAGAAACAAAGCACCCUCCGUCACUUCCUCCACGUCGUCGAAAUCUAUCCCUCUGGCCAAGUCAAGUACCCAACCCCAGAAUGACGAAGACGACGGUACGGAAUCGGUCGAUACUACUCAAACUCAAGAGGAAGCAGAAACUCUUCGACCUAAAAAGAAAGCCAGACCGUCUGCUGCUCAGACCCAAGUUGCACCACCAGUGGUGACGAGGCAAACUAAGAGUGGAAAGGGUCUACCGAGGAAAAAACCUUUAGAAUCCGCUCCUAUACCUAUGUUAUCUUCUUCAGCUUCUAAUUCUACUUCUGCAAAGGUCAAGAAGAGCACGACUAAAAAAGCUAAAGCGGGGACUGGUGCAAAUGGGAAAGGAAGAGGUAAGAAAGGUUCAGGUGUAAUGGUCGAACCUCCCACACCGACCAAAUAUAAGUCAUCUGAGUAUAUCGAAGAUUCGGAUGAAGAGAUACUUGCUUCUGAAUCGAACAACCCACCUGCUGAGGAAGAAGAGAUGGAUGAAUUUGCGAAUCUCCUAGGACAGAGUUUGGCUCAGGGUGAUGAGUUUGAUGACGAGGAUGAGGAGAGUGAGGAGGAAGAGGAGGAUGAAGAGUUGGGUGGGGCGAGGCUGGUCGUUGGUAGUGGGAGUGGGACGAGUCGACCUGUCAUCGAAGAUGAUGGAUCUGAGUGGAUAUAA